AUGACCCUGGCGCAGGAACAGAACGUUUUUGCGCAGGAUCCACCAAGUCAAGAUGAGCAGCCUCAACAGCACAAUGAUGAGUGGCCUCAAGAGCUCAGUGAGGAUGUGGGCACCUCGGUAAAUCCCCUGACAGCUCCGGGUUUCCAAAGUCCCUAUAAAAACCACCACUAUGUUCCAGCUCGACCUCCGGCGCGAGCACGAAUUCACCUCCUACGAAUGCGCCCACACCGAUUGGUGCAUCGAACUCCACGGCUACCUCGACUACCUGCCAGCUUGGCCGCCAAUAUCACCUUCCUCGCCAUCUUCGGCCUCUUCUUUCUCACCCACGCCUUCCUCGGCAUCCACUACCGCAUCUACUCCUACAUGCUUGCCGUCCUCUUCGGCGUUGCCCUCGAGUGUAUCGGCUACGGUGGGCGGAUCGGGAUGUACUACGACGUGUUUGCGGAGAAGAACUUCGUACUGUACCUGGUUGGGCUUACCAUCGGGCCAGCGUUCUUCUCAGCGGCGGUGUAUCUGUGCAUCGGGCGCAUCAUCAGGGUUUAUGAGGCUAGUGAGGGUGCGUUGACGUUCUUGAAACCGAAGACGAUCACGCUGGGGUUUAUCUGUUGUGACAUGAUCAGUCUGGUCCUGCAGGCUGCUGGGGGCGGGCUCGCGAGUGCAGCGAAGACGGAGGGGGCAAGGCAGAAGGGGGUGAAUGUCAUGAUUUCUGGACUGUCCACGCAAGUGGUGGCAACUACGGUGUUUUGCUGUGUUUGCAUGCAUUUGAUGUGGAAUGUCAAGCAGGGCCGGCCGGAGAUGGUGAACAGAGAGUCGGAGGCAUUCAGGAGAACGAGCCGGUUCAGGAUGUUUCUGGUCGCCAUCGGUGUCGCAACAAUCACGAUACUGAUCCGGUGUAUCUUCCGUGUUGCAGAGUUGAGUAAGGGCUUCAAAAGCAAGUUGGCGAAUGACGAGACUAUGUUCGAGGUUUGGGACACAACAAUGAUGAUCAUUUGCGUUGCUGCCCUUAUGGCUGCCCACCCAGGUCUGACUCUGGGUCAUGCCCGCUGGAAGGAAGGUGCGAUGCAGCACCCCUUCUGGAGAUCUCAAAGAAGUCACGAGCAGCAGGGUCGCGAAAUGCCUGCUGGUUUCACAGCCGCCGAAACCGUGCCCAUCGGUACUGCCAUCACCACUGACUGCCCUGAGCUGGAGAAAGUGCCGACAGUGGCCGAUGAGGAAGCUGCCGAGUCUGUUCGUGGAAGCGCUUCGAGCGAGAGAAGCAUCAUAGUGGCCGAGGGGCGGGCGGAGGAACGGGCCAAGGAACGGGUCCAGGGCUAUAGGGGACUCUGGCCAUAG